UUGCCUCACCGCGACCGGAAGUCAUUCUCAUUAUGGGGGCUAGUUUCACAGUUCUCUUCACUCAGCCUGCGAUUGUCCUGUUGUGAAGAGGCAGCUCGGCUCCUGGCGUCUUUAUUUACACCAGAGUCUCUGGACGCGGAGUUUUCAGAAACACGACACUCAGGGAUUUGAGCUGAACAGUGAAGAGGAGAGUGUCCUAAACCUGAGGACAACGGUACGGACUGGAGGACAUUAAGAACGUGUCUCAAACACUGGAUAGACUUAAUCUUGUCGACUUGAAUGGACAAAGUGACCGGGUGUACACAGAUUCUGCAAGGCUAAAUCAACCUUUUGGAAACCCCGUUAUGCCUGUAAAAAAGAAAAGAAAGUCCUCUGGUUCUGAAGACCCCAGCAUCCGGAAGUGCAAAAUUACCAGUUACUGUAGGACACAGACUCCUGGGAGAUUGAUAAACCCCGAAGAUCAGUUCUCCAGCAAGAAGUGCCUUGCGUGGUUUUACGAGUAUGCAGGGCCGGAUGAUGUGGUGGGACCCGAGGGCAUGGAGAAGUUCUGUGAGGAUAUAGGCGUUGAACCAGAGAACAUUAUCAUGUUAGUCUUAGCCUGGAAACUAGAAGCACCAAAUAUGGGAUUUUUCACAAAAGAAGAGUGGCUGAAGGGAAUGACGUCACUGCAGUGUGAUUGCACAGAACGGUUACAAGGCAAACUCGACUAUUUGCGUUCUCAGCUGAACGACGCAGCCGUGUUCAGGAACAUAUACAGAUACGCCUUUGACUUUGCCAGGGAUAAAGACCAGCGUAGUCUAGACAUGGACACUGCAAAGUCAAUGUUGGCGCUGCUUCUUGGAAGAACGUGGCCCCUGUUUCCUGUGUUUCACCAGUUUUUGGAGCAAUCUAAGUAUAAGGUUAUGAACAAGGAUCAGUGGUACAACGUCUUAGAGUUCAGCCGCACUGUUAACUCAGACCUCAGUAACUACGACGAGGACGGAGCUUGGCCGGUGAUGCUGGACGAGUUUGUGGAAUGGUAUAAAGCCAGACUGACAUUAUAGCACCACAUGGUCAUGCGUGUAAAAUUUAAGGGCAAAGAAAUUUAAGGGCAAAAGCACAUCAAUGGACGCCAUCCCUCCACCCUAAAUAGUCCAGAGAAUCAAUUGCACACCUUCACAGGAAAGUCGUCAUGCUUCUUGUGGACCCAUCAGAGCCCAGAGACUUACAGUGUUAAUUUAACUUGAAAAGGAAAAUGUCUGAAAUGGAGGGAACUGCUUUAAAUGUGUUGCAUCUUUCACAGCAGUUUCAUUGCCAGUGUUGUUCGGUCUGGUGGAGGGAAGUCAUCUGUUUAUGUAAUAUUUUUGUUUAUAGUGUUUUCAAAGGAAAAUAAAGGAACUGUAUGAAA